CUUGUAUUGCACUCUAUUGCCCAGUUAUAUUGCCCAGUUCUAUUGCCCAGUUCUAUUGCCCAGUUAUUUUGCAUUGCACUUUUAUAUUGCCGAUUUGCACAUUUUUCUUGCACACCUUUAUGGCCCAUUUGUAUCUUCCAUUUGUAUUGUCUUUUAUAUUACCCUUUUGUAUUACCCUUCUAUAUUGCCGUUUGCCCAUUCAUAUCACAUUCCUCUUGCCCUUUCAUAUCGCCCGUUGCCCGCUUGCCCUGCCCGCCGCGCGCCAGGCCCGUGCACCACGCCCCAGUCUCCGCGACGCGCACCGCUCCAUCAACUCGCUCUACACCACCCAUAUAAGCACCACCAGGGCUCCGGAAAGGCCACGAAACACGCCGCCACCCCGCCGCCACACGCCCUCGCGCCGCCCCCGCACCGCCGCAGGAGAGCAGGCCCGAAUCCCGGCACCACCGCCCCGAACCGGCCAAACCGCAGUGUCUGGCGCACCGCCAAGACCCCCUUAGCCGCCCGCUAAGAGCCCCCACAAAACCCCCCAAAAACCCAAAAAAAACCAAAAGAACCCAGAAACCUCCCAUAACCCUCCCAGAAACCCCAGAAAACCCCAGAAAACA